AUGGCUGACGAAAAUGAUUGUUCGGUUUUAGAAGAAUCAUUUGAAAACAAGUACAACAGUAGUAGCAGUACUGGUUGCAGUAGUAACAGUAUCACUUGCAGUGCGAUGACGUACAAUUGUGAAAGGCCAGAAGAGGAAUGCCCCGACGACUCUGCUGAUCUGAUAACACAAGCCUGGUUUAUCUCUAAAUGUGACAAAAUGGCUCUCAUAACUAAUGGUCAUAAAUGGAAACAAGGUCAAUGGAACCCAGAUGAAAUACAAUUACUACAAAACAACAUCAAUGACUAUUGUUCUCUUCACAAUGUAGAGGACCCAUCAGAAAUUAUCUUCAGUGCCAACAAAGAUCGCAAAGACUUCUACAAACAAAUAGCACAUGGUCUAAAGAGACCAUUGUUUGCUGUCUACAGACGAGUCAUUAGGAUGUAUGAUAGGAAAAAUUACAUUGGCAAGUAUUCCCCUGAAGAACUGGUACAAUUAAAAGAACUGCAGAAAAAGUAUGGCUGUGAUUGGACAGCCAUUGGGAAUUCGAUCGGUAGAAGUGCUUCCUCCGUCAGGGAUAGAUGUCGACUUAGUAGAAACAAAUGGAAGCACGGUAAGUGGGGAUAUGAUGAAGAGUUGAAGCUGUGUGAGAUAGUUUAUAAGCUAUCACAAAGUGCUCCAGGCGAGGACAUAACGAGUGGCCUCUCUUGGGCAGAGGUAGCCAAAUAUGUAGGCAGUCGAAAUGACAAACAGUGUCGUAACAAGUGGCUGAAUAAUCUAAAUUGGAAGCAGAGGGGGGGUGUGCAAUGGACUCUACAGGAUGAUAAAAUGUUAUUAAACAGGUUGUUGGGUUUAUAUUUGAAUGAAGAGGCAGACAUAAAUUGGGACCAGAUAGCUUACAAGUGGCCAAGUGUAAGAUCACCCCAGUGGCUGAGAUGCAAGUGGUGGGCUAUGAAACGAAAGGUUUCCAACUACAAUCACCUCACAUUUAAAGAAAACCUGACAGCAGUCUUGCGAUUAUUUGAGAUGUACGAUGAGGAGGACCAGCCCGUGAUGGCAACGAGCGCAGCAGCAGACGACAUGCCUGAAGAAUUCUUCUUUGACAUGGCCUCCACAACGAACAGCAUCGACGUAGAGUUAGAGCAAACCAUCACAGACGACCUCAGCGCCGACAAUUCAUUCAGUAACGUCAACAAUAACGUGAAUAACGAACUUUUGACAUCACAUUCCUACAACCAACAGAGCAAUCAUUCUGAUUCUAUGUCCUUAGAAAUGCUCUCCAGUGACGUAGAAGCCGUUUAUUACAACCAACAAUUACUUUUUGCCAAUCUCAAUGGUUCUGUCUUGUUUUCAAACGAUGACGACUUUAACGUUGUAGGGUCCAGUGAGAGUGAUCUGACCUCGGAGAUCGUGAUCAGCAAUGACAUCAACAUGGAAUUGUGAAUUGUUCAAAUCUGUUUCUUUAACUUUAUUUAUCGUUAUUAUGUAAUUUAAAAAAUUUUUCCAUUGUACAUUUUUUUAUCUAUAUAAUACAAUGAGAUCAUUCACGAGAAAGCUAAAACGUUAUUAAAUCAACCCUAAAUCAAACGCUGUACAUGACUUUAGAUAAAAAUAAAACAUAGACGAGUACAAU